UGUUUUUUUUAAUACUGCUUGGAAAAUUGAACUGUUCGGUCGUGUGCGUAGUCAAGAGCGUAGGAAAGACAGAAAAUACCAAGUGGAACAUUUUUAAAAAAAUUGUUUAUUUUCUUUUGUGUUUUACUUAAAAAUAAAAAAAAUACCAUUAUAUUUAUGUAAAUUGUGCAAAUUUGCGUGAACUGUGCUCUGAAACGGCGCAAGACUCAGAACCUGACCACCAAAAUAAAAAAAACUAAAAAUUAAUAUACAAACAAAAUUAAUAAAAAAAAAAACAAAAUUAUUAAACGCAACGCAAAACAGACAACAAAAAACCAUUUGAAUGAAUUUUGUAUUUUUGGAAACGUAAUUUUCUUUAAAAUUCCCCCAACACCUCCCAUUUUAAAGAAAAUAUGGAUGACGACCAGCAGUUUUGUCUGCGGUGGAACAACCACCAGAGUACACUAAUAAGUGUAUUCGAUACACUAUUGGAAAAUGAAACGUUGGUAGAUUGUACGCUAGCGGCUGAAGGAAAAUUCCUUAAAGCUCACAAAGUGGUGUUAUCAGCAUGCAGUCCUUAUUUUGCUACACUUUUAUCGGAACAAUAUGAUAAGCAUCCGAUAUUUAUUCUUAAGGAUGUUAAAUAUCAAGAACUUCGAGCCAUGAUGGAUUAUAUGUAUCGUGGUGAAGUUAAUAUAUCACAAGAUCAGUUAGCUGCUUUAUUAAAAGCUGCCGAAUCUUUACAAAUCAAAGGUUUAUCAGAUAAUCGAACUGGCAGCGGAAAUAGUAGUAGUGGCCUUGGUGUAGGUGGUAGUCAACAACAACAACAACAAAAAAUAUCUGCCGAACAACAACAACACAAGCAUAUUAGUGUACCUGGUAAAUUGAUGACUGGUAGUGCGUCUGCUGGUUACACAUUGGAACAAACAAAACGUUCACGCAUUGGCCCAUCAUCAAUUGAUUCACAAGAUUUAUCUGGUUCCAGAGAAGGUUCAUCUAGUCCAACAUCGAGGAGACGGAAAAAAGUUCGACGCAGGAGCAUUGAAAAUGUCUUGGCUGAUAAUCAUGAUAAUUCAAACUCCUCACAAGUCAUCCAAGCUGGUACAUCAUUAGUUCCAACAACAAAUGCUACCGGAACAAUAACUGCUAUGUUACCAAUGGUUGGUAGUGGUGUAGCUGGUACAACAACAACAAUUGCUGGUACCAUUGCCUCAACAGUUUCAGCCGUAACAUCAUCACUCCAACAACAACACCAACAACAACAAACAUCAGCAGCCAGCGCAGCAGCAAAUAUUAUAACCGCAAAUGUUACCAAAAAGACUGAAAGUGUGAAAAUGGGAGGAAAUACCGAUGCCAUGAAUGCCGCCGUUACAUCCAUUGAAAAUAUCCAAGAUGAAAAUGCCGCCGAUUCAAUUGAUGAAAAAGAAAUGCUAAUGAAAGAGAAACAAAAUCAUAAACGACCAAAACAUCAUCAUGAAGGUGGUGUUGUAGCAACAUCAACUGGCAAAGAUGAAAUUGUAAUCGAACCAAAAAGUGAAUAUGACGAUGAGGGCAAUGAUGAAACUGUUGAAGAUCUAACAUUAGAUGAUGAAGAAAUGGGUCUCGAAGAUUUAGAUCAUAAUGCUGGCCCCAGUCAUGGUGGUGAAGGAUCUAGUCAAGGAUAUGCACAAUGGCAAGUCGACAGAUCUCAGGAUGAAGUAUAUAUGGCCGCACAAGAAGCCCAACAACGGGAUCCACAAGUUAAACAUGAUAAAAGUGAGCAGACUGAUAUAACACCAGAAGAAUUUGAAUUGGAUGAUUGUUUGUUGGAAAGCAAUGAUAUCGUUAUAACACAAAAUAAAGAUGGUUUUGUGUUGCACGUAAAGAAAUUGAGUAAUGUUACAUCAACGAAAAUUACAACCGAUGAUGAUCAAUCAACUGGUGUUGAUACGGUAGUGGAUUCAAGUCAUCAUGCUCAAAUUACUGAAGUACAAGAAUUGGGUGAAGUUAAGCCAACUUUGACAACAUUAACGACAAGUCAUUCAAUUAAAUUACCUUCAGCAGAAUGUGAAUUAAUAAAUUUGAAAAAAGUCGUCCCAACAACUUCAAUUUCUGUACCACACACCACAACAGCAACAAUAAUCCAACCACAACAAAUCCAUCAAGAACACCAUCCGAAUAUUGUCUGCGCCAAUGCCCAAGCCAUAAACACCCUAAUCGGUCUGCGCAACGUUCAAAUUGAACCGAAAAAUCUUGGCCCUCGCAUCAAAUAUUCCCGUGGCAAAAUCAUCAGUCCCCAAGGAACAACAAUUCACAUGGAACCAGAUAAACAAGAUCAACAACAUCACCAACAUCAGCAACAACACCAUCAUCAUCAAGACAUCAAUGAAACAACAAAAUAUGAAAUUUCUGAAAUCGAUCUAAACAAUGCCCAAACUUCAGCAUCGAUAAUAAGUGAUUUGGUGAAAUAUGCUGAAAUCGAUGAUAUCGAAUUACCCGAUGGCACCAAAAUUGGCAUUGGUUUUGCCCCCACAGAAAUCACCGAACUCCAUACCGCCCAAACGACACAACAAAUCACCGAACACCACCAGCAACAACAUCAUCACCAGCAACAACAACAGCAGCAACAACAACAACAACAACAUCAACUCCACAAUCUCCAUCAAUCCCAUCAGCAACAGACCGACGAAUCAUUGGAGCAGGUAUCCAACCAAGAACCAACCAUUACAAAGAGCUACACCAUCCUUACAACGCGACCGAUGAAACAAGAAAACUCAUCCAGUUCCACAACCACCUACGAAUUGACACUAAGCGAUUCAUCGUUGAGCGAUACCAAAUACAUAUGCCGGCAUUGUGGCAAGAAAUAUCGCUGGAAGUCGACGUUGCGUCGUCAUGAGAAUGUCGAAUGUGGUGGCAAGGAACCCUGCCAUCCGUGUCCACAUUGUUCGUACAAGGCCAAACAGCGUGGUAAUUUGGGUGUUCAUGUACGAAAACAUCAUCCGGACAAACCGCAAUUGGAAAGUAAACGAGGGCGCAAGUAGUAAGCGAAACAUAAAAAAAUAUUUCAUAAAAAAAAAAAAAAAAAAUCAUUUAUUUUUUCAAAAAUCUUCUAAAAACUUAAAAAAAAAAAAUUACUUUUUAUUUCAUUUUUUUGACUAGUUAAUGUAUUGAAUUGUAUAAUCUAUAGAAAUAUAUUUACUAUAUUAAUGUAGAAGAUUAUACAAAAAAAAAGUAAAAAAAAAACACAAAAAAAAAGUAAAUACAAUUUUAAAAUAGAUUUUAAGGAAUUAAUGAUGAGUUUAAAACUUUAAAUUAAAUUCUAAGUAAAAAAAAAAAUAAACUUUAAAUUUAAAGUUAGAAAAAAACAACAACAAUAAAAUAUAGAUAUAUAUUCGUUAUAUAUAUUUUAAGGAUGUUUAAUUUUUGCAAACAAAUAUCCCAAUCUUGUGUAUGUAUCGAAUGAAUUAUAAUAAUAAUUUCCUUACGUACUACUGCAUUCAACUUUUUUGAAAGCUCCUUUAGAUAAAACUGAAAUUGUGGUUGCCACAGUUGGUAAUCAAUAAUUAGGUUUUAGAGCUUGAAUCAUAAACAAAAAAUAAAAUAAAAAUACAAAAAAAAAAAAAAAAAAAA